UUUCGACAUUCCUCAACUCUGGCAUUAGCUGGCUUAUCCAAUGCUGAUAUCUGUUCCCACAGAGACAGAUCAUUUCCUAUUUCUCAAUCGGCCGAGUACACCCGAUCUACUAUUCCUAAAUCCGGUGAUAGUGAAGCAGAUUUUGAAGCCAACCGCACAGAUAUCAUUAACGGUAUGGACGAGCAUGACGAAGGUUACAGCGAAAUUGCUGAUUUCGAAGAAAGUGUUCGUGGUUCCGAUGAAGUAGAUACUGAAAGUGAGCAGCGCGAGGAGGAAAAGGAGAGUGGGAAACCUUAUACUGAUAAUGGGGGUUUUGUCACGAACAGGCCCCAAACUCGGCCCGAUUGGCUUUCAAAUGGAGUUUGUAAGGAUGAUACUUCUCCGAAUGUAUCUAAAGAUAGUAUCGGCUAUCAGAACUCUCAACUACAGCAGACUCAGCAGCGACAACAGUGUCAACUUCCUCAGAACCAGCAGAGAGAUGUCAAGCAGAAACGCCGCCAUCUGACCCUUUUAGCCUCGAUGGUUGAGGCUAUGAGAGGAUGCUCCAUGAUUCCUUUGGGGCAAGACAGAGCCUAUAGGUAG